CAUGGGAGCCCUUUAAAAGCCUAAAUUGGCCAGUUCUCUUCAAAUGGCUCCUGGGAGCUGAGGCUCCAGGUUUGGAAGAGACUGGAGCAGUGCUCAGCUGGAGGAAUUUCCAGAAGCUCAGACUUCCCAAUCUUGGCAGGUUCUACCUCCAGGACCCUGAACAAGAAACACCUUCCUGCUCCUGGCAAUCUUUCUCCCUCACCCCACCUGUUCUGGGCCUCCACAUCCCCAGCAAGCGCCCGCUUGAGGUUCACCCGCAGAGGCAGCAGUGUGGCCAUGUGCCCCCCGGUGGAGGUGCGCCUGAGCAGCUUAGGCGUGUCCUACCUCUAUGCUUCCUGGCUGUACGAGCUGCAGCAUGGAGGCUACCACAGGCCUCAGGUCUGUUUUGCCUGCUUCAAGGUUGCCUUCCAGAACUUCAAAACCCUACUGGAGGACUUGGAGGAUGAAGACUGGGAGGACAUGGAUCUGGAGGAGUCAGAGCCUGAACAGGAAGGGGCCCCAGGGCCAGGGCCUGACCCGGGGCAGCCUGCACAAGAGGUCGCUCUGCCCGGAACCCAGGGGCCAGUGCAGGUGCUCAUGGUGCCCAGUGAGCUGAUGCUCCUAGGCCUGGGCUCCAAGCAUGAAGACUGGGCCCAGGCCCUUCCCUGGAAGAUUCCUAAGCUUCCUCACUGUGCCCACUGGCCCAAACCCCCUCCUCCAGAUCCGGUGUUCCCCAGAGUGACUCUGUCCCUGGUGGAGCCCGUGCUGCUGGAGCUGGGCACCAUGUGGCCAGUGCAGCCUAUGGAGGCCGAGGCCUGGUUGCUGGAUCUGCAGGUCUUCUGCGUGAUGGGCUACCAAGACACCACCAUCUACCUGCGGAAGAUGACUCCAACUCAGGCCCUGAGCUGUCCAGGAGAGCGCUGGAGAGUGCUGCUGGAGCCGGGUGAGAUAUGGAUGUCAAAUAUGAAGGUCCAGGGAUCAGUCAAGCCACAGGACCUGCUCCACUACCCGCUAGGCAUCCAGGAGAGAACAAAAGACGGAGUGACCAGUGAUGGACCAGAGGACAGCUGCCUGGCAGGGAGCCUGCUCCCCCUUCACCUCCUGUUCCAGAUACUGCAUGGAAAUCCGGCUGAAACUCCAGGCCGUUUAUGGAACUUGGAACCCAAUACCUACACCUUGUCCGGGGUCUUGAUGUCAUAGUCAGUACCACGCGUGGAAAGUCAGCAUUUCCCAUCCCGGUGCUGAGAUGACACAUGUCAUGACGCAGUUAGGAGGCCCUCAAAGGCACCGCGCAGCAUCCCAGACACCAGGGGUGGAUAAGGGCUCACAGCAGAUGCUCCAUGGGGCAGGGUGAGGAAGGUGGUGAGUUCAGGGAGUCGGAUGUGCCAGGAAAGCAGGGCCGCCAGUCAGCCUGCCCUGGGCCACCUCCCUCCACCCCCACCUGCCUUGCCCAUCCAGUUCCCCUUGAUUGCCUCCUGGGCCAGGGCCUGUUGGUGGCGGCCAGAUUUAAUCAUGAACUUUGAGAUCGUCCUUUCAAAAGUAACUUCCAGCAUUAUUUGCUUGUUUCAAAUAAUGCAUAUUCAUUGCCAAGAAUUCAGAAGACAGAUAAACAAGGAAGAGGAAAGUGAUCCUGGCCAGCCACACAUCCUCCAGAGAGAGCUGUCAGCUUUGGAUAUGAUCUGUUUUCUUCUGUGAAUAUG